AUGGAGAAUGGAAUUGCGACCCAAGGCGAGGGGCGAGACCCCUCCGGUUUCCUCAGCGAGAUCAUUGGCAGCUCAGUGACCGUGAAACUGAACAGCGGAGUAGUCUACAAAGGAGAAUUGCAGUCUGUGGAUGGCUACAUGAAUAUUGCGCUGGAGAAGACGGAGGAGCAUGUCAACGGUGUGAAGAAGAGGAGCUAUGGUGACGCUUUUGUUAGAGGGAACAAUGUCAUGUACAUCUCGGCAGAUUGA